GUUAUGACGGAAGAGCAGAAAAUGGAGGAAGGCAAACGCAUGUUCAGUAUCUUCGCCGCACGUAUGUUCGAGCAGAGGGUUUUAAAAGCCUAUCGUGAAAAGGUCGCCCAAGAACGUCAGUUACAAUUCUUGCGGGAGCUCGAGGACGAAAAUAAAUCGAUCAAGGAACGUGAGGCUAAGAAGCAGAAUGCGAACCAGAAGAAAAAGGAUAAGAAAAAG